AUGACAGCGCCGGCUGACCUGGCCGCCGAAGGGCGCGUCCAUACGACAGAGAAGCCAGCUAAGAAAGAACACACAUUUUUCGACGACAUCGUGUCGAUGAAAUGGCUCGUGUAUCCCUCUUCGGCGGCCAAGUUUGCUAUGAUCUUCAUUGUCGGAUACCUGCUAUGUGAGUACGUGCUGCCGGUCGGUGUGAACCCAUUUCGCCCUUUCCUCAUGCUUUCAUACCGCAUCCCCGAAGGAGAGGUCAUUAAGCGCAUGGCCAUGGAGCAGGCCCACGGACCGAGGCCCACGCUAUCACUCGAUAACUCCGUUACCACAGCCCUGCGCAGCUUUUGUCACUCACUACAGGCCACGCUCUUCCCCCACCAGCCAGCUCUCCUGCGCUACGGAAAGGGCUGGCUCGACGUGUGCUUCAUGGCCUUUUACAUCAUUGUAUUCAGCUUCCUUCGCCAGGUGAUCACGGGCCAUAUCUUCAAGCCCUUGGCUGCUCACUGGAACAUCAAGUUGGAAAACAAGCAGAUCCGCUUUGCUGAACAGGGCUAUGCUCUAACGUAUUGGGGUAUCAUGGGCGCUGUGGGUGUGUACGUCAUGUCGUUCCAGGAUAGCUGGUGGUACCACUUGGAUCAUCUUUGGUACCAAUACCCCCACUGGCAAAUGCGGCCCGAGCUCAAGCUGUAUUACCUGCUGCAAGCUAGUUACUGGCUCCAGCAGGCCUUUGUCAUGCUUCUGGGUCUUGAGCGUCCGCGCAAAGACUAUUAUGAGCUCGUGGCGCAUCACCUGGUGACGCUCUGGCUCAUCGGCUGGUCGUACUUUAUCAAUUUGACCAUGAUCGGCACUACCGUCUUUGUCUGCAUGGACAUCCCUGAUACUUGGCUUGCUCUCUCCAAGAUGCUCAACUAUCUGGACAUGAACAUGUGUGCCGCCGUCGUGUAUUCUACUUUCAUGGUCGUGUGGUCCUACUUCCGCAUCUACCUGAGCGCUCUGACGCUGUAUUCAGUGUAUGCUGACUACACUCUUAUUCCCGCUUAUGCACGAACGUUCCAUCCAUCCCAAGGACACUGGCUUGUCUGGUGGAUGCAGUGCCACGUAUUUGCCCCUCUUUUCCUCCUUCUUCUCCUCAACUUGUUUUGGUACGUAAUCAUGUGGCGCAUCCUCUUCCGUGCGAUGCGCGGUGUUUGUGGAGAUAUGCGCGAGGAUGGCGAAGACGAAGCACCCACGAAAGAAGAGUAG